AUGCCUGCCUACGAGCUGCGAUCGGGGGGAGAUGUCAAGAACAAGAAGCAGAGUGUGGCCGAUCUCAAAUAUCGUCGCUUGACAGAGCUCAAUGCUCGCUUAAAGGAGGAUCUGGAUCGUCCUCGAGUGAAGGUGUCCGAGGCUGCCAUGUCGUUGAUCAACUACUGCAACAAUACUCGUGAUUUUAUGGUACCAUCUGUAUGGGGCCAGGUUGACAAGCGCGAGGAUCCGUAUGCUCCUCAACAACAAGGAGGCUGCUGCACGGUCAUGUAA